AUGAGAGGCCUUCAAGUGGACAUGGUCAAGUCUAGGGCCCAAAUAUCUAGCCUAGAAGACGAGAACAAGUCUCUCCUUGAUCGAGUGCCUGUCAAGUCUAAGAAGAAUCUUGCGCCAAAAUGUGUCAAACUUGAUGAAGAUCUCCGUGAAUCAAAUGGGCUCUCUAAUAGACUUCCCCACUCCAAUGCAAAGUUUGAUAGGAUGAUAUCUAUGGGAAAAAGUAAAUGCGAUAAGCAGGAUUUAGGCUACCCAAAUGAACACACCAACACUUCUUACAAGACCGUGUUUCUGAAGGGCAUUACCAACUCAUCAGCACCACAUGGUUGCAUAAG